AUGCCUCCAUCGAUGGAAGUACCAUUACCUUCUACUCUCAGCCUGUACUCUAGAGCACUGGCGAACUUAGACUUCCCCGACGAUGAUCUGCAGCUCAAGUUUGAAGAUUUCGAGUGGUCAGAUCGGAAAGCCCUGCACGAAUUUCGAACGUUGGUGGACCAUGUCAAGUAUCUCAUCAACCGUGUGGAAGAGGUUGGGGCCGAAAAAGGGUGGAUGGGCCAGAUUGACGAGAUUAUGACGGGGAUUGAUGGAUUGCUGACGAAUCGUACGGUCGUUGUGGUCGGAAACGCAGGGGAUGGUAAAUCGACCCUUCUUAACAGUUUGCUGGGGUCUCAAGUGCUGGCAACUGGCUCAAACUUGUUCCCACAUCUCAGCGGACAGAAAGUGACAGAUCAGCUUUCUGCGGACCUACUGCUGAGCCACUCCUCCAUCGCUGAUCUCGUUGGGACGACGAAGAUUUUCACGGCGGAGUUACCAGAGCAGCUUGAAAAAGAGGUUGUUGCGUCCUUUCUUAUCCAGUCGCCAAUGUGA